AUGCACCAACUCGCAGCUGACGAAUCCUCGACUUACCCCAUUGGUGCAGAAAUAGUGCGUCGAGACUUCUACGUAGAUGACUUGAUAUCUGGAGGCGAUUCGAUGGAAGAAGUACUGAAUAUCAAGCUACAAACAACUAGCCUCCUUGCUCGAGGAAACUUUAAGUUACGCAAGUGGUGCUCUAAUAGUCCAGAUAUCCUUCGUGAUAUACCUGACGUAGACAAGGAACGUUUCCUUAAGUUUGACGAUGGCAGUGACAUCACCAAAGCUCUGGGACUAGUUUGGGAUCCGGUCAAGGACAAGCUGCUAUUUUCGUUUGUGCCACAACGAGAACUCGGUAAAAACUCAAAACGCUCCGCGUUGUCUACUCUAGCUCGCUGUUACGAUCCCCUUGGACUAAUGGGCCCUACGCUGACCAAGGCGAAGAUUCUUCUGCAACGCAUGUGGAGAGACAAGCUUGAGUGGGAUGAGAGUCUACCGCAAUCGUUAAACACCGCCUGGUCUACCUUUUGCAGCGGGUUUGCAGACAUACAGCACCUAUCAUUUCCUCGUUACGUCUUGCAACCUGGGGCCAUUACAGAAAUUCAUGCAUUUUGCGAUGCAAGCCUUGAAGCUUAUGGGGCUUGCGUUUAUACGCGUUCAGCCAAGGAUAGUAAGGUACAAGUGCACCUGUUGUGUUCGAAGGCCCGUGUCGCUCCACUGAAGACUAUCACCGUGCCCAAGCUGGAACUCUGUGCAGCAACACUGCUGGCACAACUCAUGGAUUCCUCCACUGUCCUCUCGUGGCUGCGAGAAGAACCAUCGAAAUUUAACGUAUUUGUCGCUAACCGAAUUUCCACCAUACAUCAAUUAACGGAGGGCAUGCGGUGGCACUAUGUUCCGACAGCAAUGAAUCCGGCGGACAUUUUAUCCAAAGGAGCUACCCCGCAGGAACUUCUAGGAUCUUCACUUUGGAUGCACGGCCCGUCAUUUUUGCGAGAAGUGGAGGGCAGCUGGCCGCGCAUGUGUCUACCACAACCAAAACUUCCAGAACUUCGACAAAAGGUGUUGCUUGCCGCACAUAACCGCAAUGACAUUUCGCUUUCGUUCAAGUACAUUAAUUCAUUUGGAACAAUGCAGCGCAUUUUUGGGUACGUCAGCAAAUUUGUCAAUAUUACAACAUCGCCAAGCUCUUCGCAGCUCACAGCCGCAGAUAUUCACCAUGGAACUCAACUGCUUAUUCGCUUAGUACAAAGAGCGCAACUUUGGCCGGAGUACACGGCAUUACAGGCCAAUAAUUGCGUCCCGAGUUCGAGCAGCAUUGUUUCGCUAUCACCAUUUCUUGAUGACUUUGGAAUUAUUAGAGUCGGCGGGCGAUUAAAAAACUCUAUGCUUAGUUUUGAAUCGCGCCACCCAUGCAUUAUUCCGAAGGAUCAUCCACUGACAUUUAGUAUAAUAACCUUUUUUCAUCGCAAACAACAUCACGCAGGUCCUCAAGCUUUACUCGCCGUCAUUCGAAUGCAGUUUUGGCCCAUAGGUGGUCGGAAAACAGUCACUCGAGUCCUACAAAAAUGCAUUAUUUGCUGCAAAUCGAGACCGCGCCUUGUCGAGCACAUAAUGGCCGACCUGCCUAAAGAGCGAAUUCAGGCAUCGCGCCCAUUCAUAGCCACCGGUGUGGACUACUGUGGGCCAUUUUAUUACAAGCCUGAAGCUGUAUGGAUGGAGUUGGUAAGAGACCUCUCAACAGGUGCUUUCAUUGACGCGCUAAAACGAUUCAUCGCUACGUGUGGCAUACCCAGCUGCAUCUGGUCUGACAAUGCGACGAAUUUUGUAGGCGCCAAGAACGAGCUUAAAGAACUACGGAACUUAGCCCUCAGCGAGAAACACCGCAGCGAAGUCCACAACUUUUGCCUCAGUAAUGGCUUUGAUUGGCGUUUCAUCCCACCUCGCUCUCCGCACUUUGGCGGUUUGUGGGAAGCGGCCGUAAAAACAGCCAAACAACAUUUCUAUCGUUCCGUUGGCUCAUCACUGCUUGGCUUCGAUGAAUUGCAAAACCCAGAGGAUUUAGAUGUGCUAACGCCAG